AAUUAUAGGGUGUAGAGAGCGCUAGUUGAGACGUGUGGUGCUGUAGCAGCCCCUAACCCAUUCCUACAACAUCAACAAACAUGGCGUCAACGAUCGAGAGCAAGGUAGAGGAGCGGAAAGAUACCAAUGAAAAACCCGUCGAUAGAGAAAAGACCUGCCCAUUAUUGCUGCGAGUAUUUUGUUCAAAUGGAAGGCAUAAUAAUUUAACAGAGUAUAGAAGAGGCAACACACCCCCAAAUGAAUUACAGAUAUAUACUUGGCUGGAUGCAACCUUAAAAGAGAUUGGUGGUCUGAUUCUGGAAGUAAACCCCGACACAAGAAGACGCGGGACAAUGUUUGAGUUUCGGCUAGUUUAUCCAGAACUCACGAAACCUAUUCCCCGCAUGAAAGAUCUGGGUUCAAUAGUUAUUGGAGAAAAAGGCUUUGAUGACAACAAAACUCUGCAUCAAUUAGGAUUUCUCAUUGGAGAUUUCCUGGACAUAGCCAUUACUAACCCAGGCAGAGGACUUCCCCAGCGACGCAUGCGACCAUAUUAGUGAGUCGCACAACUUAAGAACCAAUGAGUGAUUAUAUAUGAAGGCAAAUGCAGUACAUAUUAUUCCACCUCAAAUAUUUAUCAUUUAGUUUCAUGAAAGAUAAAGCAUCAUUUACCAUAAUUUGGUCAAAUGUUUGUGCAAGUUACAUUUUUGGGUGUUCACUUAAAAGGAAAUACCUGUAUUUAGUCAGCAACUUAAUGUGUAAAUGAUAAAUAAUAUUGUAAGUAAACAGUUAAACAGCUUUCUUAUGAACAAGAAAUUUAGUUACCACUUUACUGAGCUAAAAUUGGUGAAUGUCCUAAGAUUACUGCUACAAUUGUACAAUAUUUCCCUCAUUUCUCUAUUUUUGGUUUUGAUUUCCUUUGCAUUUUGUGGAACUUAUUGCUCCUGCAUAUUACCACACAAAUAUUUUUAAAGUUUUGUAUGAAACAUGCACACUAUGUAGAAUUACUUAAUAAAAAUUGUGCUUA